AUGGCGGCGCAGGCGGCGGCGGCGGCGCAGGCGGCGGCGGCGCAGGCAGCCCAGGCCGAAGCGGCCGAGUCGUGGUACCUGGCACUGUUGGGCUUCGCCGAGCACUUCCGCACUUCCAGCCCGCCGAAGAUCCGCCUGUGCGUGCACUGCCUGCAGGCCGUGUUCCCCUUCAAGCCGCCGCAGCGCAUCGAGGCCCGCACACACCUGCAGCUCGGCUCGGUGCUCUAUCACCACACCAAGAACAGCGAGCAGGCGCGCAGCCACCUGGAGAAGGCGUGGCUGAUAUCGCAGCAAAUCCCACAGUUUGAAGAUGUGAAGUUUGAAGCAGCCAGUCUGUUGUCGGAGCUGUACUGUCAGGAGAAUUCUGUCGACGCAGCCAAGCCGCUGCUGCGGAAGGCGAUCCAGAUCUCCCAGCAGACCCCGUACUGGCACUGCCGCCUGCUCUUCCAGCUCGCCCAACUGCACACGCUCGAAAAGGACCUGGUGUCAGCCUGCGACCUGCUGGGCGUGGGCGCCGAGUAUGCCCGGGUGGUGGGAUCCGAGUACACACGGGCACUGUUCCUGCUCAGCAAGGGGAUGCUGCUUCUGAUGGAGCGCAAGCUGCAGGAGGUCCACCCGCUGCUGACCCUGUGCGGGCAGAUCGUCGAGAACUGGCAGGGGAACCCCAUCCAGAAGGAGUCGCUGCGCGUCUUCUUCCUGGUGCUCCAGGUCACCCACUACCUAGACGCUGGGCAGGUGAAGAGCGUGAAGCCGUGCCUGAAGCAGCUGCAGCAGUGCAUCCAGACCAUCUCCACGCUGCACGACGACGAGAUCCUGCCCAGCAACCCCGCCGACCUCUUCCACUGGCUGCCCAAGGAGCACAUGUGUGUGCUCGUCUACCUGGUGACCGUGAUGCACUCCAUGCAGGCUGGCUACCUCGAGAAGGCGCAAAAGUACACCGACAAGGCCCUCAUGCAGCUGGAGAAGCUCAAGAUGCUGGACUGCAGCCCCAUCCUGUCCUCCUUCCAAGUGAUCCUGCUGGAGCACAUCAUCAUGUGCCGGCUCGUCACCGGACACAAGGCCACUGCGCUGCAGGAGAUAUCCCAGGUCUGCCAGCUGUGCCAGCAGUCACCCCGGCUCUUCUCCAACCACGCAGCACAGCUGCACACGCUGCUGGGCCUGUACUGUGUCUCGGUCAACUGCAUGGACAACGCAGAAGCCCAGUUCACCACAGCCCUUCGGCUUACCAACCACCAGGAGCUGUGGGCCUUCAUCGUGACCAACCUGGCGAGUGUGUAUAUUCGGGAAGGAAAUAGACAUCAAGAGGUACUGUACAGUCUGCUGGAGAGGAUCAAUCCCGACCACAGCUUCCCCGUCAGCUCCCACUGCCUCCGAGCAGCCGCCUUCUACGUGCGUGGGCUCUUCUCCUUCUUCCAGGGACGCUACAACGAGGCCAAGCGAUUUCUGCGAGAGACCCUGAAGAUGUCCAACGCCGAGGACCUGAACCGCCUCACGGCCUGCUCGCUCGUGCUCCUGGGCCACAUCUUCUACGUCCUGGGGAACCACAGGGAGAGUAACAACAUGGUGGUGCCCGCCAUGCAGCUGGCCAGCAAGAUCCCAGACAUGUCAGUGCAGCUGUGGUCGUCAGCCCUGCUGAGAGACCUGAACAAGGCCUGCGGGAACGCCAUGGACGCCCACGAGGCCGCCCAGAUGCACCAGAACUUCUCCCAGCAGCUGCUGCAGGACCACAUCGAGGCCUGCAGCCUCCCGGAGCACAACCUCAUCACGUGGACGGACGGCCCGCCCCCCGUGCAGUUCCAAGCCCAGAAUGGACCCAAUACCAGCCUGGCCAGCCUCCUGUGAGGCCCCUGGAGGGGGGCCCCAGCUCCUCAGGGCCUCGGCAGGGCCUUGCGUGUCCCUGACUUGCACCCAGACAGCACUUGAGCUGCCCGGAGCUCGCUGGGCGCCCCCAGGCUUCUUCCUGAUGUCCCUGGAGCUGCCGUCCGGCCGCUGGACCCCGUGCUGCGGCUCGCAGGUGGGACUCGGAGCUGACUGCAGAGCCAUCCUUUAAGCGGACGUCAGCUGCCAGUCCUGCUGCCACGACUGAGCCACACGGACGCGGGAGCGUGUCUGGGCCUGAUCCCCACCCUGUGUGCCAGGGCGGGAGUCCCUCCCACUCCAUCGCGGGGCCUUGGUACCAGCAGGCAGGAGCCCACACGUUUCCUCUGCUCCGGGCGACUUCCAGAACCCAGAGGCGCGACACUGGUUUCCACCCUGUGUGUGGGACGGAGCACACAGUGCCCUUCCUGCCUUGCCUUCCUCUCCAGCAUGUUUGUCUUGGACGGCAGGGCCUCUGGUCAAGGCCGCUGGGGGACCUGGGAACUUGGCGUCCGAACAUGGGCGCCAUGACAGGACGCUUCUCCCGGCGGUGUGUGCAUGUGCACGGUGUGAGUGUGCGUGCGUGUGUGGUGGACUUCCGCAGUGCUAGAGCCGGGCCCACGCCUGGGUUUGCGCCAGCCUGUUGUGUCGCUCCUGUGGGACAGUGAGCAGGGCCGAGGGACUGCUGGCCGACAUCUGAGCCCCAGCGCUGGGUACAGAGCGCAGGGCCCCUCGGACCUGGAACGGAGGCGCCUUCUUCCUGGCAGCCCUGCCCCCUCCUGCCGAGCCUGCCAGGUCUCGGACGGUGCCGGAGCCUCUUCCUGAACUGGACAGCACUUGGCUUUACGCUCUUGUCUUGGACCGUCGGGGCGGUGGCAGCAGAGGUCGGGGACACGCAGCCCCUGCUGUGAGGCGGUGGCCAUCGUGCCUGGCAGGGUGGGCAUGGGUGGCCGUUUCCGGUCUUGUCACCCUCGUGCUUUGAGGCCUGCCUCUCCGUGUCAUCGUCCAACUCCCACGAGGACAGCUCAGGUCAGCGGCAUGGGGCCCUGGGGUCCGAGUGUGCCUUAGCCACGAGCAAGCCUAUUGGCAGCCCCUUCCCUGCCUAGACCGUGGCCAGGGUGGGCUGAUGGGGUCUUGUCCUGAGAGUACUCACCACCUCUGGGUCCCUGCCACGUCCCCUUGGCCAACACCCAUUUCUCCAUGACGCCGAUGAAAGAGAGAGUGGCACCCACCGCGAGCUGUGCCCGUCCUGUCUUCCUCACCAGCUGCAGCCGCCGCCUGGCUCCGCCCCCGUGGAGCCUGCGCCGCCCCCGCCCCGCCCCGCGCCACACCAGGCCCUGGUUCGCAGCAGUCACGCUGUGUAUCAUGUUUGUCUCUAUUUAUUUAAGUCUUUCUUUGCUUCUAGGGCAUUUUGUAUGUAGAAAGCUGGAGUAAGAACCUCACCACUUUAACAUCCGUCCUGAUGUUAAAGGGCUUUUAGUGACCACCGAGAUCCGUGUCUGUAAAGCUGGGGAGACCUGACGUUUACAAUUAAAACAUUCAGUGCUCGGUAUUGGUAUUCCACUCGGGCUCCUUGGAAGCCACACGUGUGUGUGAGAGCGAGUGAGCGUCUGUGCUUUGACCCCCCUCGCCCCCAUGGCAUCUGACGACAGCACAGCUCUCGUGAGUCCCUUCCCAUCAGUCCAAAGUAGGUGCCCCCAGCAUCCCGUUCCAUCCUGGGAACGGAAGGCCGGCAGCGAGCCCCUGAGGGCACCUUACGCAGCGUCCUGCGGCCAAGGGUGGAGAAAAUGGACAGGAACUCCGGACCCUGCAGGAGAUGGACGGGACGGGGUGGUGGCAGCCAGGACGGAGGCUACCCUGGCAGACUGGCAGCUGCCAGCUCCGAGCAGGUAACCAGCGCUCGGCGAGGGCCCUGUCCACGGGCCGGGUGGAGGAAGUGGUGGGUUGCAUGGUCGCACUGUCUCGUUCAGGUUUUCUCGGACACCUGUUGGGCCUGCUGUCUUUCAAAGGGUCUGUAACAUCUUGGUGACAGCAGCCUGUGACUUCUCAGCUGGUGCUUUUUAAUCAGGAAAAGUUUUUUACAAAGAUUUGUAAAUACAGAAUGUUGUUUAAAAGACGUAACCAUAGAACAUAGCUUCUCGUUUGUGGAUUUCAUUUCCUAUAUAUAAAUAUAUAUAUAUAUAUAUAUAUUCAAAGUAAAGUAACUUAACAAGA